GGCCGGCGGUCCGCGGAGCGACGCUGUGCCGCGGGUGUGCGAGCCCGGCCUCCGGUGAGUCCUCCCGCGCGCCUCCUACCCGGCGCGGACCUUGCUGCACAUGCUGAUCUGCCCUUGCCACUGCCUUCUCCGAGUGACCCUCGCAGCCACCGCCCUCCUGUGCCCGAAGAGGAGCGCCGGCCUCGUCUCCUCUCGGCCCGCACCGCGCCCGCGCUCCCAGGCUCCAGGUUCUCUUAAAUGUUUUCUUGGAGCYUUAAAGAUGGAAAUGACAGAAAUGACUGGCAUGUCUCUGAAACGUGGGUGCCUUGCUAUGGAAGAUGAUGACAGUGCGGCCCCAGCUGAAGAGACAAAAAAACAGAAGGUCUCUGAAUGCUGUCUGACCAAAAGACAAGGUGGGCUGCAGAAUGAUGGCUAACCCAACUGAGAAAAUGUGCCUGGGCCACCAGAACCUGUAAGUGCCAAGAGAGGCAAAAUGACUUCUGAUGAUCAGUUGGAGGAAGAGGAAGAAGAGGAGGAAGAUGGCCUUUCAGAGGAGGGGGAGGAGGAAGAGGAAGCAGAGAGUUUUGCAGACAUGAUGAAACAUGGACUUACUGAACUUGAUGUAGGCAUCACCAAGUUUGUAAGUUCUCAUCAAGGAUUCUCGGGAAUUUUAAAAGAAAGAUACUCCGACUUUGUUGUUCAUGAAAUCGGAAAAGAUGGACAGAUCAGCCAUUUGGAUGACUUGUCUAUUCCAGUGGAUGAGGAGGAUCCUUCAGAAGAUGUAUUUACAGUUUUGACAGCUGAAGAAAAGCAGCAACUGGAAGAGUUCCAGCUUUUUAAAAAUAAGGAAACCAGUGUUGCCAUUGAGGUUAUUGAGGACACCAAAGAAAAAAGAACAAUCAUCCAUCAAGCUAUUAAGUCUCUGUUUCCAGGAUUAGAGACAAAAACAGAGGAUAGAGAAGGGAGGAAAUAUAUUGUAGCCUACCACGCAGCUGGAAAAAAGGCUUUGGCAAAUCCAAGAAAACAUUCUUGGCCAAAAUCUAGGGGAAGUUACUGCCACUUUGUUCUGUAUAAGGAAAACAAAGACACCAUGGAUGCUAUUAAUGUACUAUCCAAAUAUUUAAGAGUGAAGCCAAACAUCUUCUCUUAUAUGGGAACCAAAGAUAAAAGGGCUAUAACGGUUCAAGAAAUUGCUGUUCUUAAAAUAACUGCACAAAGACUUGCCCACCUGAAUAAAUGCUUGAUGAACUUUAAGCUAGGAAAUUUCAGCUAUCAGAAAAACCCUCUGAAAUUGGGAGAGCUUCAAGGGAAUCACUUCACUGUUGUUCUCAGAAACAUAACAGGAACUGAUGACCAAGUACAACAAGCUAUGAACUCUCUCAAGGAGAUUGGAUUUAUUAACUACUAUGGAAUGCAAAGAUUUGGAACUACAGCUGUCCCUACAUAUCAAGUUGGGAGAGCUAUUUUACAAAAUUCCUGGACAGAAGUCAUGGAUUUAAUACUGAAACCCCGUUCUGGAGCUGAAAAGGGGUACUUGGUGAAAUGCAGGGAAGAAUGGGCGAAGACCAAGGACCCAGCUGCUGCCCUCAGAAAACUACCUGUCAAAAGGUGUGUGGAAGGGCAGCUGCUUCGAGGACUUUCAAAAUAUGGAAUGAAGAAUAUAGUCUCUGCAUUUGGCAUAAUACCAAGAAAUAAUCGUUUAAUGUAUAUUCAUAGCUAUCAGAGCUAUGUGUGGAAUAAUAUGGUGAGCAAGAGAAUAGAAGAUUAUGGGCUGAAACCUGUUCCAGGGGACCUUGUUCUUAAAGGAGCCACAGCCACCUAUAUUGAAGAAGAAGAUGUUGACAAUUACUCCAUUCAUGAUGUGGUAAUGCCCUUGCCUGGUUUUGAUGUUAUCUACCCAAAGCAUAAAAUUAGCGAAGCCUACAGGGAAAUGCUCACAGCAGACAAUCUUGAUAUUGACAACAUGAGACACAAAAUACGUGAUUACUCCUUAUCAGGGGCUUACCGAAAGAUCAUUAUUCGUCCUCAAAAUGUCAGUUGGGAAGUAGUUGCAUAUGAUGAUCCAAAAAUUCCACUUUUCAACACAGACGUAGACAACCUAGAAGGGAAACCACCACCAGUUUUUGCUUCUGAAGGCAAAUACAGGGCUCUCAAAAUGGAUUUUUCUCUUCCUCCUUCUACUUAUGCUACCAUGGCUAUUCGAGAAGUGCUAAAAAUGGAUACCAGCAUCAAGAACCAGACCCAGAUGAAUACAACCUGGCUGCGCUAAGUACCUUAUCCACAGAUGAGGAAAUGCAGACAACUGUUUGCUUACUGACUUCCUAUUCAUUUAUCUCUUAAUACAGACCCAGAUAUGGAUUUUGAAUCUUUGUAGUAAAGGAUUCUUUGUAUUUUUUAAAGUUUUUAUUAGCUUAAAGAAAUAAUUUGCAAUAUUUGUACAUAUGAACAAAUCCUGAGGAUCCUAAUUUUAGCACAGAGAUUAUAAAUUAGUCAGAAUAUACUUUAGGUGCUUAAAUCAUAAUAAAAUAUCAGCUUUACUGGCUUUAUAAUAUUUUGGUUUAAAGUAGAAGUUUUAGGUUUUGCUGAGUACAUGAAGAUAACAGGAAUUUUUAACAUAUCAUGAAUGGAAUGCACAACAAUGCAUUUUAAGAGCAAAUGCAACAAAACAAAUCUUGACUAUGGAUAAAUAAUUUGAGAAUCCCCAUUUAUAAAUAUAAAUACACUACUCAUUGUCAUUAUGCAUCUCAUGUGCUGGAUUCAGGUAAGCAUUUAUAUACUUUAUAGUUUGCAAUGGCUUUUGCAUUUAUUAUCAAUGCCUUGCAGGAGAGUUACAGGAAUGGGGCCUUUUUUCUUAAAAUGUGUCCAUUUUUAUUGGUUAAGAUCUACUUUUUACUCUAGGUGCCUUUUUAUGUUCAGAAUUCUUUCCACCAGAUUGGCAUUUGCUCAAAAAUAAAUAAUGUCACAGAAGAAAACUUCUAAAUUUUACAAGGGCUCCUUCUAACAGCGUUUACCCGUUGUCAUUAACUGCUUAGGUAUUUACAUUUCUGGCAUUGCAUAAAACUUUUCUCUGGUGUGAAAGAUAAAUAUGCCUUUCCAAACUUGUUUAGCAUAAUUGUAUCAGUUUUUUUUCCUGUCAUUUCUAGAGUCAAAUGUUAUAAAUACUUUUAAAAACUCCUUUUUACUGAUUAUGUAAAUAAAUAAAUGCAUAAAACUAAAUGAAAAUGAGAAUUUUGUCCCUGACUAAAGGUAAGAAACUAAGUGAAUGAAAGAGCCUUA